AUGAACGGCGACUCCCCAGGGACAGACUCGCCCUCUCUCAAGGCGGAGGUCACCCGCCUCGAAAAUGGAAAUGGGAACGCGAACGGCGGGAAGCAGAAGACGGCGUCUGGCGUGCGCGGCACCCGCAUCGGCCACAAGAAGUCGCGGAACGGCUGCCAGCAGUGUAAGAAGCGCCGAGUCAAGUGCGACGAAGCCCGCCCGUGUCGGAACUGUGUCCGGCACGAUGUCAAGUGCAGUCUGGUCCUGACUCCUUUUGCCCCGCAGCUUCCCGCUGUCACCGAGUCGCCCAAGCCGGCCCCGGAGGCGGCGAGCACUGCGACCCCCGGCAGCGUCGGUGAGGCUUCAACGAGCAGUCGCCCGGCCAGUCGGCGGGACAGGAACUCGCCUCAGCUAUCGUUGUUGAAGGAGAAGCUUGCUGCCAUGCAGGGGCUCCUGUCCGAGUUCUCAGCCGAGAUGGAUGCGCUCAACCAUCAGGGAGUAAACGGAAACUCGAGCGAGACCUUUUCGGAAUCGACGCGAGGAGACUCUGGGGACUCUCAGGGGGUUCCUCAGGCAGAUUGGCUCACUGACAUGCAGCUGGUUCACCACUUCACGUCUAAUACGGCACACACCCUGUCAGAGAAUCCGGACUUCAUCCACUUGUGGACAACCACUGUGCCGCAGAUUGCGUUCGCCAACGACUUUCUCCUUCACGGCAUCCUCGCCGUUUCGGCCAUCCACCUUUCACACCUCAACCCUGAGAAGAGGGACGAGUACACAACCAUCUCCACACGGCACCAAAACAUCGCCCUCAGCAAAUUCUCUCCCGGCUUGAACGAUAUUGGAGAAAACAACGCGGACGCCUACGUCCUCCACGCCAUCUGCAUCUUCCUUCUAAACACAUACUCAAUAGCACAUCCUCAUGGUCCCAUCACAUCCAAGGACGUGGCUCAGUCCUUCAUCUUGCUGCAGGGCAUCAAGAGUAUCCUUACACUACCUUUCGCUCAUCGCUAUAUCUCCAACGGACCACUAGCACGAUGGCUUUAUCAGGGCGGUGUCGAGCCGGCCGUGGGUGGAAACUACGCCACCAAGAUCGACGAUCUCCUCAACCUUACCCGAAGCAUGGCUCCAUCCGAAGAUACGUCGAUGUGCCAAUCCGCCCUCGAAGGCCUCAAGCUCACCUUUGCCGCCGUCUCAACGCCGUCCCACCGAUCCGGCCUCGUCUGGCGAUGGGCAGUCUCGCUUCCCCAGUCCUUCCUCGAACUCAUGAGCCAGAACCACCCCAUGGCUCUCGUUAUUCUCAUGUACUACGCCGCAUUGGUUCACGCCUUUGAGCGAAAGCUAUGGUACCUCAAUGGAUGGGGUGUGAAUGUUGCUUCCGCCCUGGACAAGGCGAUCCAGGAGCCGUGGAGAGAGUGGAUUCAAUGGCCGUUGCGGUGUGUCCGUGACGGCGUUGACAUCAGGCAAGUCGAGCCUAACCCGCCGCCAGACACAAUACCCAAGCCGCUGUCGCCCAGCAUCAUGCCUCCAUUGUUCAAGAUGGAUCUAUUCAGACUGGGCGAGCCUCCACCAUGA